GUGACGUCACAAAAUGGCGGCCACUAAAGAAAUGAAUGCUUUGAUCGAAAAACCGUCAUUUGUACUGAUAUUUAUAUGUUUUUAUUAACUGAAAAGGACAUAAACAAUGGACAACUCAUCGACGACUGCCUCGGAUAAAAAUGGAUCUGAAACAUCCCUGUCAGUUGACACAACAGUAAUAAAACAUGACAGCACAACUGGUGUGCCAGUUUGCAGACGUCGAAGGGAACAUAAUGAAGGCGAAAAGAAGAGAAAAGAACAAAUCAAAGCCUGCAUUUGCAAAAUGGGGGAGCUGCUACCACCAUCAUAUAUUACAAAUGAGCGCCAUAGCACUCUGGAAAUAGUGGAGAAAUCUUUGGCUUACAUGAGAGAACUAAAAGAAGCUCGUACAAAAUUUGGAGCAACAGAGGAAGCAUUGCAAGAGGAGCUUGGUCAGCUGAGGUCUGAGAGAGAUAAAUACCUGGAUAUCAUUAAAGCAGCUGGACUAUCUACAGAGUCUCUGCCAACCAAUGGGGUCAGUUCUACUACAGAUGUCAAGGUGGAAAGCCCCAAACCAGUGAAGUUGAAAUCCAAGAAGAAAAACUCUGUCAGCUCUCAGCUUCAACAGCUGCAGGACAGACGGGAUAAGCAGCAGCAACAGGAAAUGAUCUCAUCCUCGGUGUCUGCAUCAGAGGACGGGUUGGGAAACAUGGGUGCCAUGAUGAACAUGGUGUCUGGUCCUGGUUUCAUGAAUGGUCCCAUGUUCAACCCCAUGAUGAUGCAGGCAGGAAACCAGUUCAUAAUGCCAGGCAUGCUGGGAGGUGGGAACCAGAUGAUGCCAGGCAUGGGCAUGAUUGGGCCCUGCGUAGGCCUCCCUGGGAUGCAGCAGCCCAACAGCAAUGGCAGCAUUACAACCCAUACCCCAAACAGCAUGGGAUCUCAGGACGGGAACAUGAAUCGUUCAAUGGAGGAGAAUGAUGCAGGUCUCCUCCAGUUGGCCAUGCAGGAUGCAGGCAUCACCCCCGGCAAUGGCAGCCAGCAGAACUCCACAGCUUCAUUGACUCCUUCUAUCGCAGACACGCAGGAGGCUGAAUCCUCCAGCUUGACUCAGAAUAACCCGUUGCAAACGCUGGCACACGUUGCUACAAGCAAUCAUGAGAUGCUGACAGAUGGCAUGUCUUCUGGUGAUUCACAAAACAACCAGUCUUGUUCUAUGGCACAAAUGUCAUCUAAUAAUCAGACUAUUUCCCUGUCUGCAAGUGGAAACAUGAUGCAAAGCAUGGUUCAGACUGGGAACCAAUCAAUGCUUGGUAUGCAAGGAAUGGGGAACCAGGGACCAGGCCCGCAGCAAAUGCAGCAGAUUAUGUUCAUCAAUGAGCAGGGCAUUCCGAUGAUAGCCCAAGUGCCUGUAGGCUUUGAUCCGAACAAUCCAAACAUGACACAAAAGCAGGGUAUUCUCCACGGUCAGAAAGAUCCUCAAUCAGGUAUUGACCAGAAUGCACUUGCAAUGGCGCAACAGCAGGCAGUUCUGCAAAGCCAGAUGCUGAGUCAAAACAACGGUGCAAACUUUCAAAGCAUGAUGCAGCAGGGCUUAAUACAAGGAAAUUUCAUUCAAACGCCCAGCGGCCAAAUUUUGCAACAGAUCGGACCACAUAUGUCAGGUCAAGGGCAGUUUAUUGCUAUGAGCGGUCAAGGUCAGAGUAUAAUGGUAGCUGGGCAGCAAGGCCCCAUGACCUUGAAUGCAAUGAUGGGUCAACCAAACCAGCUGCCAUCUGCCUUAAUUCUGCCCAAUGGUCAGAUUGUUCCUGUGGUUACCAAUCCAGGAUCCCAUGGCGAAAUGCAGGGUCAGAUGCCAAGGAUUUCCGGACCACAUGUGCAGACAGGUCCUGAUGGUCAGCUGAUGUCAGGUCCCAGCAGUCAGGGCCUCCUGAUGCCGGCCACUGUGAGCACUGCAGCCUCUCUUAGUACCAGCGUGAUGCCAACUUCCGCCCUUCAGAGCGUCAUGACUACACAGAUACAGGGUUCUAGUGUUGCAUCCCAGAAGACAACCUCCAAUGUGGGCUCCAUGCCAAGUCUGGCCAAUAUUGCUGGGCAGCCCAAACUUGUGGCUGGAAUGCAUGCACUAGGUGCAAAUUUGAUUGGCGUUAACCCAGGUGGCAAGCAGGCGCCGAUCCUGAUCAGCCUGCCAAUCAACGGCCAGCCCACCACAGUCCUGCUGGACCCAAUCACCAUGCAGGUGCUGGGAACCGUUAAUGCCCAGCAAACAAACCAUCAAAUGGCAACCAGUCACGCUGCCAUGGUAACCACUGCAGUAACCAGUCAGCCAUCAGUAUCAGGUGGUCCGAAUUUACAGACUGCUGUCGGGGUCAAGAAAAACAGUAAAAACAACCAAAAUCAGAGAGCAAUAUGCCCCAAGCCCCUUGGCCCAGAUGGGCACCCAUUGCCAAACACUCCAGCGAAGAAAAAGAAGCCUUCCAAGGGCGGUUCAAAGACAAAAGAAAUGGCGCAAGCAGAUUCUCUGUCUGAUACAUUACAGAUACAGAUACCUGAAUCCACUACUGACCCAGAGAAUUCUUCGGCAAUCUCAUCAGAAUCGACUGAUAUUUUGGCAAAGGCUGCAGAAUCUAUCUUCUCCUCUCCCAAUGGAGAGGUAGCGUCUGUGGGUGGUUUCUACAAUCCAGCUAAUGAAGAUAAUCCUUUACACAUUGACACUGGUGUGACAGAACUUGAGGAGGAAGGGACUGGGUCGAAACAGUUCAAAAAGGUUGUGUGUAGCUCAAAUUCAGUGACUGAAAGUGUUGCUAUUUCAGCAUCAGGUGACGUUAAAUCAUCAAAUGGCUCAAAGGUUGUGGUGACGUCACAAGUUGUUAGUAAUACAGGUAUGGCACACACGGACAAUGUGACUUCUCUAUCAAAUACACUGGAAGAGAUUGCUGGUUUCAACAUUGAUGAUAUUAGUGAUAACUUUGGUCAAUCAAUUACAAGUAAAUCUCAAAAUGAUUCAUCUGCUAAUGCAAUUGAUAAAAAUGACAAUAAGAAGUCAAAAAGCUCAAAAAACAAUGACAAUAAGAGAGAAAGUGAUACAAAAUCAUGCAAAAGUUCAAACUCAAAAUCAAAAACAAAGAAGAGUAGUGGUGAAAAAAACUCAUUAAUGGAUGCUGAAAAAUCAGGAAAUGAUUCACAGAUGGAUAUCGAAAGUACUUUAAUACAUAUCCCAGAAAAUAUGACAUUCAGUGAAAACGAUCUAUCAGAUGUGUUAGAUCAAGUAGAGCAGUAUGGAAAUAGCAGUGUUGACAGUCCAAGUACAAGACUGUCCAAGAAAUCAAAAACAAAAAGAAGCAAACCUCCGGAGGCUGAAUUUGAGCCAAAUUCAAAGAAGAGGAAAAGUGGGAAAGAUGUGGCCAAGGAGGUUAAACCUGCGUUUCAAGCUCCACAAAGGGAAUUGCUGAGUAUGCCAACCAAUCUGUCUAAUGUGUAUGACUUUGAGGACUCAGUAGACAUUGUACCAUCGCUGCUGCCUCUUAACCACAAGGACUUUAUGUCCAGUGGUCCUGGCACACCAACAAAACCAGACCUGCAAAAGCAGGAGGCAAAAACCAAAACAAAUGCAUCAUCCAAAAGUAAGAACAGUGCUCAGAAAAAUUCUACUGCUUUGAAGGGUGGUAAAGUUUCAAGUUCUAAAGACGAGCCAAAUUCUCAGCCAAUGAACAUGCAAGAUAAAGAUUCUGAGAAGAAACUGGAGAAAGAUCCAAAGAUUGAAGGAACAGUCAAGACUUCUCCGCCUAGUGUCAAGAUAUCGGAGACAUUUCAUAACAUGCCUGACAUCGAUACAACAACCAGUCUCUUUGGGUAUCCUGUCCCGAAGAAGAUUCAGAAAGCUGACAUGGCAGGUCGACAAAACAAGAUGACAGCCCAGGUAUCUCCUAAACCAAGCCCGCAAACCAGUGUUCCCAUGGCCUCACCAAAACAGAAUUUGGUCUCACCCAAAACAGCUUAUAGUGUUGUUUCGCCAAAUCCCUCUGGACCUUUCUCACCAGAACUGGUUUCCCCAAAACUCAGUAUUGUAUCUCCAAGUCAAGGGAUAAUGUCCGACGGUGAGAGCAUAACAGCCUCUCCAAAACAAACGCUCAAGGACACUUCACCAUUGAAGAAAAGUUCGCCUGCAGAUAAAACUAGUUAUGCUAAAGUUAGUUCAGUUAGUGCUGUAAAUAUGUCACCUGUUAUGGACUCUGUCAACCAUUUGCCUUUAUCAAGCAAACAUGAUGAUAUUAAUAGACAGAUGCCAAAUGCAUCUGUUCAGAGUCAUUCUAUGGGGGUGAUCACAUCUGUCAAAAACUCGACAAGUAGUGACAUAAACAAGAGUUCUCUUCAAUCUAAUUAUGGUAGUAUGAACGAUAAAAAUCUUGCUGAUAUUAAACAGAGCAAUUCCUCAAGCUCUGUAACUCACAACAUGAACACUUCGAGUGCCAUGCCUUUAAUCAACUCUCACCAGACGAUGAGAACUACACCCACUAACAUGGACCAGACGUUCAACCCAAACAUGAACAUGAAUCAGACCAGGCCUAACUCCUCGGUUAACUCAUCCCAGAGUAGUAGGUAUGGUCCUUCCUUCGGGAGUGAGACCAAUUAUGGCCAAAUGCCUGGCAUGAAUCGCUCCAUGUCAAAAGACACCGGUGUUGGACUCAAUAAUUACUCAGCUCCUUACUCUGCUGAGUCACUGUUUAACUCGCAGCCUGACAAGAUAAUAAAAUCCCCACCCAACGUCAAUAUCUCUACGCUUAACCAACCGAAGCCAGACAACCCAAUGUCGAAAGUGAGGAACAAUGCCUACUCUGUAGACAGUUUUGUUCAGUCUAGCCGUGAGAGACCUGAUUCACUGACAGCACAUGCAGGGCUCAUGUCUGCAGCAGAUUAUCCUAACCCUACCACUGACCUUGCUAGACUGCAGAAUGAGAGUUCUCCAGAUGGCUUCCAUUUUACGAACAUAGGCCUAAAUCUUCCACCCAUCACCAGCACAGCUGGAAAUUACAUGGAUAACACAUCAAAUAACAACCCUUCUUCGUUUUCGUUCUCACUUUCUGGCAGCUCAAGCACAGUGUCCUCCAGCUCAGGGGGUCUUGGUCAGCAUCAAUUUCCGCCAUUUUUCCCCCCAGUCCUUUCCACAGCUUCCAAUCCCCCAUCAUCGCAGACUGGCAUCUCAACAUCUAUGCAGGACAUGUUCGAUAACAGAGCCUCCGAUGCCCUGCAGAGGAAUAGGCAUCCCCCUGUGAACGCCAUGCCUGGUAGUGAUAACUCUCACAUGAGCAGGGAAAGCCACCCACACGUCGACAAGGCACCCUCUAGUAUAUCAGACAACUCAUCCAGCAGUCAGAAUGACAAGCCUUCAUGUAGCAAGCAGAAGCUGCCCAAAGCCUCUGGUCCUGCCACUAUUCAGGAAUCCUUCCCUUUCAAUAGUUCCAGCUCAGCUCAUGACACAAAUUUCUUCCGAGAUAACCAGAUGAAAUCAAAUGUCGGCAAAAGUCCCAAUGAACAAAUGCGUAAACUCUCACAGGACAAAUCAAUCGACAUUUCAUCACAGUCCUCCAGAUCUGGCUCCCAGGACAAGAGGGCCAGUACGAUGGACAGGUCACCUCAGAUGAUGAACAACCCCCAGUCCUACUAUCCUUCCACAUACCAGCCUUCCAAGUCCCUGAUUACACCUCCAUUGCAUCACCCUCUGGGAAUGAUGGGAACUGAGGACCGCAGUAGAAACCUCACCACCAGGUCACCCUAUGAGCCUCCAUUCCCACUUCCACCUGUAUCCCAAGGCUUUAACUCAAUGGGCCCUGGCUUUCCAAAUCGUUUUGAUAGUGGCCUGUCGAGUUUCAGUCGUGAUAACUCGGGCACGCAGCCUCUCAGCCAUACUCCUGUCAAUACCAGCGGUAGGAAGUCGGCCAAUACCAACCAGCCUGUGCAGACAAGCGUAGUCAAACCUCCCCAGAAGCAGUCUGCACCAGCCCUGGUCCCCAUGGGAGGACCUCAGCAGACUCCCUCGCAGGCCCCACUUCACUCCACCCCUCCCCAGUCUCACAGGGCCACCACUCCGCAUAGCAACAACCCCUCACAGUCUGCUUCCAGUCAUUCACAAGUGAAUCAGUCAAGACCAUCUAAGCAGCCCUCAAGAAGUGCUAAGCACCCUUCAUCGAAAAAGUCAAAAACGAUGCCAUUUAUGGAGGUGGAUAGCAACUUGUCCAAUUCUAUUUUUGAACCCAACAGAAGUAUGACUCCUUUCUUUCAGUCUAUGCAGACCUUGUCUCCUCAGUCCCGUGCUAUGCAACACGAAAGUGGGCCAUUUCAACCAGGCAAUUUCUUCGGACUUGGCUCACGCUUUCCCAACUCAAAUACUCCUAUGCCAAAAAAUUCCGAAAUCGGUGGUCCGUUUGCGAACCCAUUGUUCCCACCCAGGGGAGCACAGAAUGGUCUAGGGCUCAAUUUCCAGACAGGCUUUGGUAUGAACAUGAAUCCACUGCAUGGUAACCAUGGCAAUACUCCGCAGUUUACAACCCACUCAUCGCAUAUGGCAAACUUUAAUUUGAAUAACUUCUUGUCUGAAGGCCCAUCCCAGAAUGAGUCGUCGCUGCCGAUUUCCCCGAUUAAGUUUGGUCACACAAAUUCCAUGCUGCAGCAUCAGGGUAUGGACCAUAAUUCUAUGUCACAUCAUCACCAGUACAACAGAGGUCAUCCAGGCAUGAUGUCUAUAAAUAGCAUUCUGGGAGCCAAUCACCAUGGCUUUGAUGGCAGGAUGAACACCUCAAUGGCUGGUCCUUUCCAUAGCCAUGGGCACCCAUCAUUUAUUCCUCCACUGAACUUUUCUAUGCAUGAUCAUUAAGUUCAUUUAACCUAAUUGUAAAAAAAACAUCAAGAAUUAUACAACUUUUGACCUUUUUCAAAAGUCAGCAAGUGUUUUUUAUGCCCCCUAUUCUGUCUUUCUGUCACACUUUGCGUUUAGGUUUCGAAAAAUGCUCAUAACUUCUAUGUCCCUUGAGAUAUAACCUUCAUAUUUGGUAUGCAUGUGUAUAUGGGCAAGGCCUUUCCACACGCACACAAAAAAUUACCCCUGUGACCUUGACCUUGAACUUAGGGUCCGCGUUAAGGUUUCGAAAUCUGUGUUCAGGUUUCGAAAAAUGCUCAUAACUUCUAUGUCCCUUGAGAUAUAACCUUCAUAUUUGGUAUGCAUGUGUAUAUGGACAAGGCCUUUCCAUACGCGCAAACAUUUUUACCCCUGUGACCUUGAACUUGGGGUCCACGUUUAGGUUUCGAAAUCUGCGUUUAGGUUUCGAAAAAUGCUCAUAACUUCUAUGUCCCUUGAGAUAUAACCUUCAUAUUUGGUAUGCAUGUGUAUAUGGACAAGGCCUUUCCAUACGCACAAACAUUUUUACCCCUGUGACCUUGAACUUAGGGUCCGCGUUUAGGUUUCGAAAUCUGCGUUUAGGUUUCGAAAAAUGCUCAUAACUUCUAUGUCCCUUGAGAUAUAACCUUCAUAUUUGGUAUGCAUGUGUAUAUGGACAAGGCCUUUCCAUAUGCAUAAAAAAAAUUACCCCUGUGACCUUGACCUUGAAGUUAGGGUCCGCGUUAAGGUUUCGAAAUCUGCGAUUCGGUUUUGAAAAAUGCUCAUAACUUCUAUGUCCCUUGAGAUAUAACCUUCAUAUUUGGUAUGCAUGUGUAUACGGACAAGGCCUUUCCAUAUGCACACAAAUUUUGAUCCCUGUGACCUUGACCUUGAACUUGGGGUCCGCGUUUAGGUUUCGAAAUCUGUGUUUAGGUUUCGAAAAAACUCAUAACUUCUAUCAAGCGUUUUAGGGGGCAUAAGUCAUCCUAUGGUGACAGCUCUUGUUAAAGUUUAAGUUUUUAUAAGAGUGAGAUUUUUAACCAGGUUUUCCGAAGGAAAAAACUGGUUAUUAGAUUGGCGAAUGCGGGCGGGCGGGCUGGCUGGCGGGCUGGCGGAACAAGCUUGUCCGGGCCAUAACUAUGUCGUUCAUUGUCAUCUUUUAAAAUCAUUUGGCACAUUUGUUCACCAUCAUUGGACGGUGUGUCGCGCGAAAUAAUUACGUCGAUAUCUCCAAGGUCAAGGUCACACUUUGAGUUCAAAGGUCAAAAAUGGCCAUAAAUGAGCUUGUCCUGGCCAUAACUAUGUCAUUCAUUGUGAGAUUUUAAAAUCAUUUGGCACAUUUGUUCACCAUCAUGGUACGGUGUGUCGCACGAAAGAAUCACGUCAAUAUCUCCAAUGUCAAGGUCGCCACGACUAAAAAUAGAUUUUUUUUUUUUAAACAAACUUACAAAGGGGGUUAAUUUUGUUUGUUCAUUUCAAAAGUUCAUUUUGAGUUUUAUCCCUUUAUCAGAUUUUUUUUUUCACAAUGAAAACCUGGUUUUGUGACAAUUUUGUCCCUUGUUUAUAUUAUGGCAUCAAAUAGUAUAUAUUUUUUGUAAGGUUACUGAUAAUGUGGGUUUUAUUUUAACUUACAAUAAAGUAGGAUGUUGUGGACAAUAUAAACUUACCAUGAAUUUGUACAUUCACAUGUUGUCUCGUGCUAUAAUUUUUUACUGUUUAUGAUUUUUCUAGUGCCUUUUCUUUGUAUAGACUGUACAUAUUUUUAUUGAACAAAUAAGAUGUUGUUGUUUGUUACCCAGUAUGUGUAUUGACUGUAUGUAUUCAAAACACUGAUGAUGUAAUAUUGAUGAGUGUACACAAGAAAAAAGUGUUUUUAUCUGGAUUCUCAGUUGAACACUUACUAAUGUGCAUAUGGAACGGAAAGGAAACAUAAUUCUGGCUUUUUUAUAAACAUUACAUAUUUGACACAAAUUUAUUGUAAUAUGUAUGUUUAUUUUCAAAUAGCUUUUCACUUAUUGCCAAACAUGUACCUGAAAUGAGAGACGUGUGCCCCAGCCAUUUCUGUAAAGUUAAGCUCACAUUUUCUGUAAAGUUAAGCUCACAUGUUUGUUGAGUCUCCAGCUCAGUGUGCCAUGCUUUUAUACAUUCCUGGUAAUUUUGCCAUUAAUUGUAUGAGUAAGUACUUUAAAAUAAGUACUAUAUCUUAUUGUACAGCUUUGCAAAAAUUCAGUUUGUAUGUUUGUAUAUGACAAUGCAAAACACUUGUGUUUUGCAUUUGCAGUUCCCAUAGAGUAGCCAAACGUUCAAUUGAAGAUUGUAUAUUUGCACAGAUAUUUGUUGUGUAGCAAUAUUCAAGCUGUACUUAAUUGUGUUAUAUUAAAAACUUUUGAUGGUGCUAAUGUAAUUAUAUGUGUUUUGUGAGUAGAAUGCUGUAAAUAGUAAUUGUAAGAUUUAGGGUUUGUAAAUAGAUCAUUCAAACAAAAACAUAAAAUUUUAUAAUUUUAUUUCUUGUGAAAUUUUUUUUUGAACAAUGACAAACAAGACUUUUAUUUUUGAUUGAUAAACAGAAGUUCAUAUUGAUUAUAUGUAAAAAUAAUCAAGAAUUAAUUAAUUUAUUUUCAAUGAUGUGAGAUACUUGAGUUUCUCUGUGAAAUCUUAAUGUAGUUCAUUAUCACUGUUAAAACAGUUUACAUAAAAUAAGAUCAUUUCACAUGAAACAACACACAUAUUACAAGGUGGGGGGUACUUGAUUGAAGAUGUUAGCCUGAGUAUUCUUCAAUAUAUACAAAUAGUGUAAUUUCCAUGACAUUGAUUUUUUUGCUACACUUACCUCAGUUCCUGCAUUCAGUGCUGCACAAUUACUUGUAGCUGUGGAUGAAAGGUUGAAUGUUUUCAGUUUGUAUGCCCCCGUAUCGAAUGAUCGGGGGUAUAUUGUUUUUUACCUGUCUGUCUAUUAUUGUAUGUGUCACAAAACUUUAACCUUGGUCAUAACUUUUGUAAUAAUGAAGAUAGCAACUUGAUAUUUGGCAUGCAUGUGUAUCUCAUGGAGCUGCACAUUUUGUGUGGGAAAAGGUUAAGGUCAUCCUUCAAGGUCAAAGAUAUGGCUUCAACGCGGCGCAUUAGGGGGCAUUGUGUUUCUGACAAACACAUCUCUUGUUUUUUAUUUUCACUUACCAAGUGCUUAUAUUUCACAUGAUAUAUAUAUUAUAGUUUGGUCAGGAGCUAACUCGUCCGCUGUAGAAUCAUGCAAGGUUUCAUGAAGUCAUUAGCAGACAGGCUAGCUCGUGACAAGACUGCACAGGCUGGUCUAGAGCUCCCCUGGUUACAUAUGGCAUUAGACCCACCUUUGCAUGACACAUUUCAUUUUAGUCCAAAAGAACUUUCUGUUAUAUGUACAAUUUAGGUGAAGCACUUUCUAGCAAUGAUUUUCUUAGUAGGAGUUCAUCUACACAAAGAAUGAGAUUGCUUAAGAUAUAAUUAUUUGGCUUACAAGAAAACGCUGUAUUAAGAAUGAUAUCUGAUUUGGCUUAAUACUUAAAAUAGGUAGGGAUAUGAUGGAGGAAUAAUUUAUCAUUGAGCUAAAAAUAAAAUGCAUUGGCUAAAGGGAUAUUUUUUUAGAAGAAUUAAUUGGCUUAAUUAUUUUAUUUUAAUCUGUGUAAAACCGGCAAUGUGUAUAUGAUAAUAUCAGGCAAAGUACAUCUAAAAUUUGAUCAUGCCACUGCAAAUAUUGAAAUGUUAGUGUAUUUGGAAAUUGUGAUAUUCAAGUAUAGUAAGACCAUUGCAAUUAUUUUUGUGAUUUUUUUUUUUUUAAUUAGCUAGUUUUUACUGACUUAAAUUAGUUAAACAUUUUCUGUGAUUUAGUUUUUACUGUUACUGUUUGUGUCUAUUUUACUGUGAAGGUUUCUUUUCUAAACAUAUCUAAAGCAAUUCAACUUUCCAUGUAUUGCCCUAUAGUUUUUCUUUGUUUUUCUCAUGUCUACCUCUAUUUUGUUCUUUGUUGCAUUGUUAAAGAUUGAUCGGUCAUAUUGAGUUUACAUUUCAAAAGGUACUGUUCCAUAAUUACUUUUUUAUAUUUAUCUUGUAAUUCUUUUAAAUAAUUCCAUAUUAAACUAUUACUUUUUAUACGCCCGUAUAAAAUACGGGACGUAUUAUGUGAAACCCCUUGGCAGGCGGGCGGGCGGCGGGCGGGCGGCAGGCGGAAGGCAUCACUUUGUCCGGACUCUAAUUCAAAUUGUAUUCAUCCGAUCUUCACCAAACUUGGUCAGCAGUUGCAUCUAGUUGAUAUCUAGGCCAAGUUCGAAUAUUGGUCAUGCCGGGUCAAAAACUAGGUCAUAGGGUCAAUAAGUGCAUUUUCAAAGGGGCCACUUUGUCCGGACUCUAUUUCAAAUUGUAUUCAUCCGAUCUUCACCAAACUUGGUCAGCAGUUGCAUCUAGUUGAUAUAUAGGCCAAGUUCGAAUAUGGGUCAUGCCGGGUCAAAAACUAGGUCAUAGGGUCAAUUAGUGCAUUUUCAACGGCGCCACUUUGUCCGGACUCUAAUUCAAAUUGUAUUCAUCCGAUCUUCACCAAACUUGGUCAGCAGUUGCAUCUAGUUGAUAUCUAGAUAAACUAGGUCAAAGGGUCAAUUAGUGCAUUUUACUUUGUCCGGACUCUUCAAAUUGUAUAAAUCUUAUUUUUGCUUAUUUCCAAAACAAAUACAUCAAUCAUCAGUGUAUCAUCUCCAAUGGCACACGAAUCGGGCGUAUAUUGCUCCGUCAUGCGGCGCUCUUGUUCGCUUUAUUUAAGUGAAAAAAGAGUUUGAUUUUGGACAGACAAAGUUCAGUGUAUAUUUUUCACUGUAGUGGAAGUACCAAAAAAGAUGGGCUUUGUAUUUGUCUUAUUUUCUCAUUUCAUAAUGCGCUGAAGCUAUCUAUCAAUAUUGUUUAUGAGUUGGCAAUGUAAGUUAAUUCUAAGGCCAGUAGAAGAGUGAUCUGCGAUAAUCACCAUGGUGAUUUGUGUUUGUUUGUUUACAAAUAGUGAUAAUGUAGUUUGCCUUGUUGCUGGUAAACAUUGGUUGUUAACCCUUUGAAUGCUGGGAAAUUUGUCGUCUGCUAAAAAGUCAUCUGCAGAAUUUCUAAAAUAAGCAUUUUCUUCGAUUUUUUUCAAAGAAUACUAUCAGAAUAGCAAACAGUUUGGAUCCAGAUGAGACGCCACGUUAGUUUGGAUCCUGAUGAGACCCCACAUUCUGUCUUAAGCCUUAAGUGGAUUUUCUCACAGAAAAGACUUCCUUCAAAUGAAAAAUACCAUAAAUGUGGUAAGUGUAUUCACUUAAAACCAUUUCUAUUCAAAUUCGUGUUGUUCUUCACUAAUUUGGACUUGCAGUGAAUUCAAAUUUUGCAUCAGUACUGCUUACUGCAACACCUGAAAACUCUGCUUUAUCACUUCUCAUCCACCUAAAUCAUCCACCCUGUCAUUGUCCUUUCUUUAAUUGGAAAUGAUUACACUGGACUGUCAAGCACCAACUAGGCUUAUCUGUGUUUAUCCAACACAAGGUAUUCAUUUGUUUCUUAGCUUAUUUGUAUUCGGAUAAUUUAUAUUAACCAUAUCAUGUAUAGAUUGUCUUUUGUUGCUUUUGGCUGAUACAAAGUCUUUAUUUUCACAGUUAUUUCUUUUUGGGUUGAAAUGUUCAUGUAUUUUGUAAGACAUAAAUAAUUGUGGUUAUUGUCAUGUUUUUUUUUCGUAUUGACUAUUUUAAUACAGUUAUUGCACUUUUGAUGGGUAUUUAUUGUAUUAAACAUUUAAAAAUAUGUCUUUACUCUUGGUAAAAUGUAAAAUAAAUACUGUACUGAUGAUACCAAUUCUUCUAACAAUGCCACUAUUGUUUUUGUUUUUCAUUCACUGGCAAAGUCUUCUGGAACAAUUGUUUCUAUGUAUUUUUAGAACUAAAAUAUAAAUGUAUUUAAGGUAAUAUAUUUUACCCGUAUUAUUUCUUACUUGUAGUUAUUUGCUACACAUGUGUAUGUUAUUCUAACUGUUUUGUAUAUGCAUUCAAUGUGUGUUUUGAUUUAUGCUGGCAAUAUCAUCGAAGAUGUUUUAUGUGUAAUCUGUACAUAGCUUUUUAUAGGAGAUAUUUACUCUUUACAGCACUUGCAUAUGGCUGUAGUACAUUUGAUAUAUUUUUCCAUGUGACUGUUACAUGUAGUAUCCAUUAUUUGUUAGUAAUUUCUGCUCAGCUGUGUUUUGUCCCAUAAGCAUAAUGCUUCCAGUAAAUAUAGAUCAGAAUAUA